AUUAUUUUUUACUAUCUUUUAAGCUCUGCAGAGUCUGACCAGAGAAGCACAGAGGGUGAGUCACAUAUUCCCCUUUAAAUGCUAUGGUUUAUUCACAUGAAUAAAAUUACAAAGGAAUUACAGAAUUACAAAAUGGAAAAGUUUAUAGAAAGUUAUUUAUUUCUAUUUGGUGACUGUGAGUAAUAUUAUGCUUUAAUUAUUUCCGGCGGUAAAAAACAACAAAACUACCUUUUCAUUUGUCCAAUCUAAGGUAAUACAUUGCUUUCUUCUUCAAUAAGAAUACUAACUGAGCAAAUUAGUAUCAAAGAAUCACUUAAAAGCAAUUUUAUAUUAUUGAACAUGUAUAAAUACUGUUUGGUAAUUUAUAGCAAAUCAUAUUUUAGUUGAUUUGCUUCCAGUAACACACUCCAAAUGUUACAGUAUGUAUGUGCUAUAUUGCUCAAUGGUCAUUUACAUCACAGUAACAAAGAGCCCAUCAACCAAGAAACUUAAAGAAAAAUAUAAGACUUAAAUAAUUUUCAGAACAAAAAAGUCUGCUGCACAUUGUCUUUGUCAGCCUCUCAAAGUCUUCCUAUCCAGCAAGUGAGAGAGAUGUACAGAAGCCAGCACAUGAAGACAAUACUCAUUCCCAAAUCUAUGAUGUCUGCACCAUUCUUACAGGUAACUCCACAACACUGAAACAUAGGCUGAAGUUUCUUUCUUUUCUUUUGGUAUUUGCCUUUUCGUUGAGGGCUUUGAGCUGGUUAGAAUGAAGUCAAUGUGAUAUUACUGAGGAUUACUGUUGUUCUACGACAUAUAAUCCGAUCGGGUCUGGUUUCUGUCUCAGCAUUCUGCCCUCACAGCUGGGCAUAGACGCUGCCUCUGCAGUAUAGCAAAUAUUUACAGUACAGCGCAGAUGAGGCAGCAGAUGAAGCAGCGCUAUCUCAACGUGCUGCACAAAUGUGUGCAACCAGGUGUGUCUAAAUGUCUCUGGAACACAAACUUUGACCACAAACAUUCAUCUGAUGUUGUUUUUUCUUUUUUUUUUGUUGCAUUUCCCAGGUCAGAAUCCCACUUGCAGAAGGAGGUUUGGGAUUCAACAGCUUAGAGACGAUAGUACACUCACAAAGGGUGCAGAGACGGAUGUGGCGAGGGCGAAGCCUCGAGCACAGAGGAAAAGCAGAAGCAGCAGCACGGCUCAUUCUGAUGUCAUACUUCCAAAAAUAAUGAACUGAUGACCAGAAUGAUUUCACUAGAGUGCAUUAAUGACCGAAUAGUGAGCCUUUAUGUUGCUCUCAGAAUCAAUACCUACAGUCAUAUUUCUACACAAUUUCAAAAAUGACAUUAAGCAUCUCUAAUAAAGACCUGUUUGCAGCCUUAUUAUAUAUAUAACAUAUUAACAGAUGUGUUCUGGAACAAAACAAAGGCAUAGGCACCACCACAUAUAAAGCUGCAGUUUCGUAUUUAGAUGUUGUUCAUUUAGUUGAAUCGGGAUUUGUUGUUUUUCAUAAAGCGUACUUGUAUUCUUAAUCAUACUUUUAUCAAAAACAUGUGAAUGAAUAUUGUGUACCCCUGAGUUCUGACUUUAUAUGUGCUUUUCUAUAUUUUAUUUCAAUAACUCUUUUGUAGUUAUACUGUAACCACUCAAAGUCUGUAUAGUCUGUUUGAGCUACUUCUGUGAAAUAAAGCAAGUAUGUAAGUUACUAUAAAUACCUUAAGAUUUUUCUAUCAGUGUAUAAAGUGAUUCCACCUGGAUAAACGUUUUGGAGGGGCCUCCUGAAGCCUUUCCAACCCUCAUAUGGCCGCUACCGCCUCCUAGCUUAACCAAUUAGCAUACUUCCGGUUAGCAUCGUCUUCCCGCGCUGACGGUUAGACGGCGUCUCGUGAGGCGCUGAACCGACCACGACGUCAGCGGUAAACGUGACAUCGGAUAUCAGCAGAUAUGAACUGCAUUCUCGAGGGAAGUGCUGUAAAAGCGUUUGGAAAGGCCAUUCACGCCCUGUCACGCAUUGGAGAUGAACUGUGGUUGGAUCCCAUGGUGAGAGGGCUGGCAUUGAGAUCGGUGAAUUCGGCUCAUUCUGCGUACGCCUUCUUCCUCUUCUCACCUCUCUUCUUCCAGCUCUACAGCUUGGGAUCAGUAUCAGAGCAGGACCCUGAAAGCAUCCAUUGUAAACUGUUAAUAAAGUCACUUCUAUCUCUUUUCCGGUGUUUGGCCUCGAUUGAGCGCAACGUGGAGCGAUGUCAGAUAUCGAUCAGCACCUCGAAUGACCGAGUGGUGAUCCAGUUUUUCUGCAGGCACGGCAUCACUAAGACCUACAACCUAUGUUUCCAGGAAAGCGAAGCCCUGCAGGCCGUGUUUGCCUCACACCUCUGUCCCAAUGUGAUAAAAGCUCCUGCCAGGCUUCUUGGUGACAUGGUGAUGCAUUUCCCAGUGUCCCAGGAGGAAAUCACUCUGUCCAUGAGUCCCCUGAGAGUCGGCCUGAGAAAUUACUAUGAGGGGGGAAACGAUCUCAUGAAGAAUAUGUACACAGAGAUGUCCUUACACCCAGACGAGUUUGACUACUUUCAGAUCGGAGUAGAGUCGGAAAUAACCUUCUGUCUGAAAGAGUUACGGGGUUUACUGUCCUUCGCAGAAUCACUUUCUCUUCCUGUAUCCGUCCACUUUGGUGCCGCUGGAAAGCCUGUGUGCUUCUCUGUGGAGGACCUCGUCCUAGAGGCUGCUGUGGUGCUGGCUACUCUGGUCGACUCUGAAAGCAGGGGCCCCUCUCAGCCUACGAAGACACUGGCCCCUACAACACCCAGGUGUGUCGCUGCUGCUCUUCCUGCAGCUUCAUGUGAGGCCGACAGCAGAAAGCCUCAGGACCUUCCUGCUGCGAUGGAGCUGAUCGCAUCCAGCCAGGGAAGCCCAAUAAUCUACCCACUUGCUGCAGCCGAUGACGCCACGACACCUGCUUCCUCCGCGAUCUGCUCGCUCCUGUUCAGGGCCUUGUCGUCUGAGCAGGAAGAUGACGCAUGUGCUGUUCUAGCAUUUUACAGUGACGAAGAGGAAGACUACACUAAUAGCCCUAUAAUCUGAGAACAGCUGUUACACAAGACUUCCUUCCCCGCCUCAGGUUUUUGCAACAUAUAUUUAAAGAGCAUUUCUUUGUAAUUUAUGGCAUUUAAAUGAGAUUUGUUGCUUAGUUUGUGUGUUUUUUCACAAGCAAGUGUUAGUUUCCCUAUAAUCUUUAUUUUGAAAUUUGAGGGGACAUUUAUCAUUUGUUCAGGUGGAUAAAUAUAUUUAAUUCCUA